AUGUUGGAGUUUCUAUACGAUGACUUUGAAGAGCUUUCCAAAUGUUUCUGUGGUGAACGUUUUGGGGCGCUCCUAAACUAUGACAUCCUGAUAGGAGUGAACCAGGGAGAGGGGCUGAAGUUUGUGGACGACAGUGAGGACAACGACGGCAUCUCAGCUGCGGCGUUCGACUACACCAUCUCCAACUUUGUUGACAACCUCUACGGCUACCCAGAGGGCAAAGACAUCCUGAGGGAGACCAUUAAGUUCAUGUACACAGACUGGGCGGACAGGAACAACGGCGACAUGCGGCGGAAGACUCUGUUGGCCCUGUUUACGGACCACCAGUGGAUGGCACCAGCUGUGGCCACUGCCAAACUCCAUGCUGAGUUUCAGUCCCCAGUUUACUUUUACACGUUCGACCACCACUGCCAGACCGAGACGCGGCCCGAGUGGGCCGACGCCGCGCACGGAGAUGAGAUACCUUAUGCUGGGCAGACACUUUUGCCAGAACAGUUCUCCACAGUCACUGUCCACAUGGGUCAGUGGGACCAAGAAGCACUCUGCUAA